AUGAAACUAUUUGCGGUGGCGACUUGCUUACUUCUUAUAUUGUACUGUGUUAACGCCGCACCGAGACCUUGUAGAAGACGGAGAGAUGUAAACGAGAAGGCAAGUAAUGAUAAAACAGGAGAUAUUCAGAAGAACGAUGAAACUGACUCUCAGAGUAGCAGAGAUAAAGGACAGCAAAACGCGGACAAAAAACAAUAUGUUCCAUACGUGCCUGCUUAUAACAUGGGGGACGUUAUCUGUGAGGACAACCAACCAGUACAAGUUGUCCAAAUAAGGGAUUUAAGUAUUACAAAUGGCGUCAUCAAAAAGAGCAAUAUCGUACAGUUGUAGGCGCGUUAAAAUGUUUCUGGUAAGUGAAGUUAUUUAACUUCUUUUAGCUCUCCAUGAACGUGUACCUAUUAGUCACCGAAGCACUGUUCAGUAACUUAGUUUUCUUUUGCAAUUUUGAUUUAUUCCCACAAAUUUGACAGCUCAGUUCUUGCUGUCGAUAGAGACGCCUUCUUAAAUUCUUUUCUUUAUUAUAUCGCUGAUAUCCACGUAGAGACUGUUAUAAAGUAUGAUUAUGAUAUAAUUUUAACCACAAACGUGAACAAUGGUAUUCUGUAGCGGCAUCCAACAGGUACUGAACAAAAACUUACUCUAACAUAUAUAGAUCUAUUACGGUGUAUAUCAGACAUAUCUUUUCUGUUUCAUGUUGUAAGCCUGUUUGCUGGAUUGACUGAUUCUUAGGAGAGAAUAAUUUGACAGUGGAGGAGGAAAGUGCUAUGAAAAGAAUUCCUUCGCCUCCCGAAAAUUGUGUUUUUAAUAACAUAAUUGUUACCUGCUCUGGGAUUGCCCUUAUGUCAUCUAAUAUUUUGUAUAAGCAAGAGAGGAUAAAGCUUUAUCCUCUCUUGCUAUAAGUAUACAGCCGAUUUUUACUGAACAUAUGUUUGCCUAAGAUCAGGCCAACGCAUUACUCGGAUUUGUAUUUUGAAAAGGCGGUUUCAUAGAUCCGUUUAUUGUUAGGUCCACCUCGAGAGUUUCACAAGCCAACUAAUUUUGAAUAGAAAGCGGAAAGCAUUGAAACGAAUUCAUACUUCAGUCUGCAAGGGGUCCCAGAAAUGCAUUGGGUGUACGAAGAAAAAAUGGUAUACGUGUGAAGAAUAAAUUUUUCUGCAGGGCAGAAAGAUUUUUUAGCGUUUCACCCUUUUAGCUCUCACAUUAUAACCCAAUUAACAUGUUAGCAAUUGUUGUUUGAUUGUUUACUUGUCUGUUUUUCGUACACUACACUUCUUAUUUACACCUAUUCCGGUGGCCGGGAGCCCCUCACUAUAUUUCUCUGGUCACGAAGGAGAUAUGGGGAUAGUCUAAACAAGUAAACUGUGAAGUUAGGCCAAGCACCUUAGCCGGUUAAUAUUGGCUCCUGCUUACCCUUCCCCUUCAUAGUUUGAAAAGUAAGCCUUAAAAGUUUGCUGCACAACGUCCAAAAUAAGGUCUUAAACUGCAGGCGCAGAUCCACACCGGUUUCCACCAUUUUACGAAAAUCGGUCACAUUUUUCAUAAAAAAAUAAAUUGUUAAUAAUAAAAACACUUUCCAAGUUGCAAUGUGGCCAAUAUCCUGUCUGAAUGACUGAGAAAACCAGGAAAGGGGACUCCUUGGGGAGGCCGCCCCCGGAUCCCCCUGGGAGGCUUACGCCUUCGAUGCUCGUGUAGGAAAGUAGUCAGUAUAUAUCCUACCUCCGCGCCUGAACUGCGUGAUUUACAUUACAUACAUUAAAUGGGAGAAAGUGAAAUUGAAUCUUUUGCAAUUGAGCUCGGCGCCAGGGAAGAUCGUAUUAGAAAACAAAUCUUUAUAUACCGAAGUUUACCAACGAUACAGUGGUAAGUUUGUUUGACGUCAAUGGGGUAAACGCAUCCCUAGUCUUCAGUCGUCAAGAACUAUUGCGCUUAUUUUUGGCCAUGCUCUUUUAAAAAACAAGCCACAAACAAAAUGCUUUUCCAAGGAAAAUUUCUCUUGAUAUUUCAGUGUAAGGUCAAAAUUAGGUUUAAAAGGAGGAAGUAAUCUUUUAGACAUUUCUUACCAUACUUUUUUUGCAGGAAUUUUGAGGGAGAGGACUUUUACAGCGACGCGUGUAAUACUGACUUACAAAGGUUAUUUUUUACCGAAGAAGCGUCGUUGUGGAUUGAAAUUCAUCCUGGGAUUUGACACACGCAGGGAAAAGACAGUGAAUGAGAUUCUGUGAAUCCCAUUUUUUAAUGAAUAUUUGAACCUCAUUUAGAGCCAGACAAUAUGACGUCGUGUGGUAUCUUGCUGGAACAAAUCAUUUUCAUUAUUAAAAAUGUAGGCGUUUUUGCUCUUUUCUUUUCUCUACGAGUGGAUUAAGAUAUUAAAGGUUAUUCCUUCCGCGGUUCGACGGUUCAUCAGCCAAGCCCGAAGUACGUCCUUUUUUCUCGUGAGGCACACUAAAACGCCUUAAACUGUAAAGUAGUUGGAAAUUUUUUCUGUUCGUACACAAUAAAAAUUCAGUAGUGAUUUUCAAUUAAUAGUUGGGCUCCUGCCCAUAUAGAGUGUUUUCACUCACGUGGCAAACAUCUAUGCAAAUUAAUUGGAACAAAAGAAAUCGUUUGCAUAGAAAAGAGUUCAACUCCCAGAGGUCUGGUUUGGGACAGGAGCCGAUUCCGCCGUGACGUCAUGUGAAAACACUCAAUAAGGCGGGAAUCCAAGACA